AUGAACGAUGGAGAAAGGCAACAAAGACCGGCAAAAAGGUCUACACCUAUUUCUAAGCUGGUUCCAAAGUCUGAUAAUGAAUUGAACAUAAAGAGUUCAAAACAAACAAGAUCAGAAAAUGGCAAAGUCAAAAGACCAAUAAGCAAAGAAGCGCUUCAGAGUUUCCAUACACCCAACAAACACAGAAAUGUGCAAAGCAUCAAGAGAUCCAAGGUCAUACCAAAUAUGCCAGACACUCCUGUAAAGAAGUUACUACUUUCUGAACUUGCAUCAACACCAUUAACUUUCAAGAUCCACAAUGAUCAAUCAACCCAGAAGAACAACACUCCAAAAAUACCAAUAUCAGAUAUUACACCAAAAUCCCACGUACCCAAAACCACUUCAAAUAAUAUCGAGAAAGUCCCACUACAAACAAUUUUGGACCAAGCACAAGUCCAACCUUUUGUUGAGAUUCCAAUGAUGAAGACGGAAUCAAGCAAUUUCACUUCAUUGGACUUGACCCAUGAUCCAAAUUCGUUGCUAUAUCAAGCUCAAUUACCAAUAGUGCACUUAAACAAUUGGUAUAGAGUCACUCAACAUCAGAUUGUGGAGAGACAAACUCAAAUUACACCUACUCAUGAGGUGAUAUCUUUUCAAAAAUUUAAUGGACAAGUCUUGUUGGUUGAUUGCAUAAAAAUUUCAGAUAAUACAAAAGAAACUGCACUUUUACUUAACUAUAGACAACAUCCUUUAGCAUCAUCAAAAGUUCAAACGAUCCAACAGGGCUCUCAAAUUUCAUUGAAUGAAGGUUAUAAGGUUUUUCAAUCAUUAAGAUUAUAUAAAAAUUGGAAACUACAAACAUGAGAAAGAGGAAAUGAUCAUUCAAUCAACUAGUGCAAAACAAAAAAGAGAGAAUUAAUCAAACCAACAAUGCUCAAAAAUGCUUUUUUUAUAUAUAUGUAAAAUGACUCACUACUUCUCCCUCUUCAAUCAUUACAUCUCCCAUUUGACACUUUCUCCAGGAUUU